GAAAUCGCAUCGGCGAUGUCUCUGAGGUCUGUUUCGGCAUUUUCUGUCCCAUCCAAGCAACGGGACAAUGGAGGUGCUGUUAGCACCCUCUUGUUCAGCUCAAAACUUGGAUCACCCUCCUCCGCUCUGAGCUUCAAGCCGCAGCGAAAACUCGAAAAGUUUUCAGUUUCUGCAUCCAGCGAUGCAGUGGCGAUGACCGGCGUGGUGUUUCAGCCGUUUGAGGAGGUGAAGAACGAUGCUUUUGUUGUCCCUGUGGCUCCUCAUGUCUCUCUUGCCCGUCAGCGUUACGCAAACGAGCCCGAAGCCGCCAUAAACGAGCAGAUCAAUGUGGAGUACAAUGUGUCGUAUGUGUACCAUGCACUGUUUGCGUACUUUGACAGGGACAAUGUUGCUCUCAAGGGCCUUGCCAAGUUUUUCAAGGAAUCGAGCGAGGAAGAAAGAGAACAUGCCGAAAAGCUGAUGGAAUAUCAGAAUAUGCGAGGUGGGAGAGUGAAACUGCACUCCAUAGUAGCGCCGCCUACGGAGUUUGAUCAUGUAGAAAAGGGAGAUGCAUUGUAUGCUAUGGAGUUAGCAUUGUCUUUGGAGAAGCUGACAAAUGAAAAACUCUUGAACUUGCAUAAGGUUGCAGACGAGAACAAUGAUGCCCAAUUGACAGAUUUUAUCGAGAGCGAGUUUUUGGCUGAGCAGGUUGAAGCCAUUAAGAAGAUAGCUGACUAUGUCACUCAGCUGAGAAUGGUUGGAAAAGGCCAUGGAGUGUGGCACUUUGACCAACAGCUCCUUCAUGAGGGUGAUGCUGCAAAUUAAAAAUUCACAGCUCUCUUUGGAGUGCUCUCUCUCUCUCCAGAAUUAUGUAUAAUUAUUUAGGCAAGCUGAUAAGAGUGUGAGCUCAGGUAGGCGCCUUCGACAGGUCAGAGUAGACUUACUGCUGCGCAAAUCGUUGGUUCGAGGGUUUGAUCGCCUCCAACUUAUGUAGUGAAGAGUUUAUUGAAUUAGUGAUUAUGUUCUAGUGAUCCUGUUAGUCUAUGACUCUGUACAAAUUGAACUAAGUUCUGUUAUGAUUAAGUGGACCUUCUUAUAUGCUUUUAUUCGAAACA